AUGGAAUUUAAACCAAGCGAAACUGUUUUACGGGAUUAUGAAAAAGCUUUCGAGGUGGUACAAAAGGAGAAGAGACGAAUCAAAACAGAUAUUCACAAUAAACUUUUACAGGCAAUACAAGCGAUCGAGGAUGUUGGUUCAAGUGUCCAAAGCGAUAGUAAUAAAUCAUUGAAGGACCUAGAAGAGGAACAUCAUAAAAUAUAUUUGAGCAAGAUAAACCUAUCCGAGAAAUUGGAGUUUACGAAUCAACUUUAUCGUUUGUCAUUCGGACAAUUUCAACAAGAAAGUGAAUCUAAACCUUUCAACAAAAAUUAUGAAGAAGCAUGGGUAAAGGAUAUGCAAAAUUUGGAUAAGGAAUUUCUAAAUACUCCAUAUACGAUUCAAAAGAUGUCAACCGUGUGGACUGAUGAAAAUUAUGAAAGUGAUAAAAUUCUUACGAAAUGGUAUUGGCAAUUGAAAGCGUAUUUAAACGACCUUCCUGCUAAACAAAAUUUGACAACUUCUGGUAAUGAAUGCAUACACGUAUCUGUUAGUAUUAUGUUUUUAUAUCUUGAUCUAAAUGGUUUCUCGGAUACGAAAAGAAAUUUUGCUCGUUGA